UGACAAUCGACGACACGGUCUAAUCACCCACUCUUAACCAGCUCUAGUCAAAGCAUACCAGGCUCGCUCUACUCUUCCACCAGAAACCUUGAGCCCGGUCUCCUUCUAUCCUUGUCUUCAACGUCUGUCAGCCAACCACCGUUCGUUGGUCAGACAUCCAGCAUGCCUUAGUCCUUCAACCCCUUUCCCUUGAUUCCAAAAAGUGUUUGAAUCUCACCAUUCAAAAUUGCGCAGCCAUAAGACGGACCAGGUCCGUAAGACGAAUUUCCUCCGAUCUCUUCUUGUGCGCUUCGACUGCACUCUAACCAACACCCUGAUGUCUUCAAACAACUUUCUUCAACCAAUAGUACACUAUUUCUACGCCUCAAAUCCAUAUCUACUUUACACCUUCACCUUUUUCGCUAUUGUCUUCCUGCGCUACGUCCUCCUCCCUACAAUGUGGCCGUUCACCUCCAGGAUAAAUCAGUUUCCCAUCAGGGGUCGCACAGCCAUUGUGACUGGCGGUUCGCAGGGCUUCGGCCUGGCCCUCGCCCACGAGCUGUCGCGCCAUGGCGCCCACGUCGUUAUUGUUGCCCAAAAUGAAUCCAAAAUCCAGUCCGCGGUGUCACAACUCACUUCCAUUGCCUCCUCUCCUUCUUCCCAGCGCUUCCUCGGCCUCUCUUACGAUCUUCGCUCUUCCACCUCUGCCCCAGAGAUUCUUCGCCGGGUCACGGAAUGGAAUUCUAGCGCGCCUCCUGAUCUCCUCUUUCUAUGCGCCGGAAAUUGCCAUCCAAGCUUCUUUGCCGAUGCUGAUAUUGAGAUAUUACGUGGUCAAAUGGACACAAUCUAUUGGAGUGCUGCCUACAUGGCUCACGCCGCCUUAAAUCUAUGGAAGGGAUCAACUCCAUCCACCAUGGCCAAGGCCCAGACUUCACCACAAGCGAGACAUAUCAUUUUCACGUCAAGUACAUUGGCUUUUGUGCCGAUCGCUGGCUAUGCUCCGUACACCCCCGCCAAGGCAGCUAUGCGUGCCUUGGCCGACACCUUGCAUCAAGAAGUCGAGGUCUACAAUGGAGCCCGCCGAUCGAAAUCCGCGAGCCUUAGAUCUUCCGACGCCGAUAUCAAAGUACACAUUGUCCUUCCGAUGGGUAUCACCUCCCCCGGCUUCGAGAAUGAGACACAGUUGAAACCACUUCUGACCUUGGAACUGGAAAAGGACGAUAAACCACAGACACCGGACGAGGUGGCGCAGAUCACCAUCCGUGGGUUGGAGAAGGGUGAGUUUAUGAUUACCACCGCUUUUUUGGGCCAUCUGAUGCGCGGAGUGGGCAUGAGUGGGACAUUGCGCAUGUCUAUACAAGACGUCUUUUGGAAUUUCUUGGGCAGUGUCGCCAUCUUAUUCGCCUUGCCAGACAUCCUAGCCAAAUGUCGCACCUGGGGAAAGAGGCACGGGUCGUCGUCAACGGGCACCAAACUUGCGAAUCCGGCACCUAGUACCUAGUCAAGACAUAUGCACAGCGCUUGGACGCUGUUCUGUAUUGGCUUCGCCAGCCCACAUCUCUAGCAUCUCUACUUGCACCACUGCUCUGGUGGUACAUAUCAAACAGUUCAGUGUGAGCAGUCCAAUGGACAAACUUCCGCCAGAGCUACCGGUCUAGCAGUUCUCUCCCUGUUCCAAAGCCGAAGUUCAUUGUCCCACUCAAGCACUCAGCCUAGUCACAUUCGUAUCACUCGCCUCUUCACUCACAAUGCCCAAUGACUCCUCUAAGAUGGAGACAAGUUGGUCGUGUCUACCUUCUCCUCGGGCGUCGAGGUCCCAUGCGAGGAAUUGUCUAGCAGUGUCCUCCGCAAUUUCCAAUUCUCCCUCUUCACUAGCGCUCAAUGCCGAACAGGUCAACACUAAAUCUUCUCCACCUUCUGCCAGUCGUGCAAGCUGACAUGCUCGCUCCACUAUUCC